AUACGCGCUCAUCCGCGAUGUGAUGCACACGUGAGGCGCGGAAGAAGUGAAAGCGCAUUGGCAAAAACUGCUGCUGGGCGCACACUGGUUAAAUAAUACAAUGCCCGCAGAGCGUAGCUGGUGAACAUAUCGUGAAUAUGAAAAUCAGUUGGAAAGUCUUCCUUGUCACUGACUGACACUCUUUUUGGGGCGCACGGCGAUAAAGAGAGGACCAGGAUGCUGGGACGUGUGGUGAAGUACGGAGUGUUGGGUGCGACACUCCUAGGCAGUGGCUACAGUCUGCACGCGAAUGACUACAACGUGAACUCCGUAGCGCUAGUGCGCUUGGCUAACGCGGGUCUGGCCAUCUAUGACAUCGCCUGGGUGUACAAGCGACAGCUGUACUAUCGCGAGUGGGACAAGACGACGUCAGAGUAUGCACAGCAGAAGAGUGUGUGCCACAAGAUCGCGGCGGAGCGACUGUUGGAGCUCAUCCGGACGAACAGGGGUGUGUACAUCAAGGUGGGACAGCACAUUGGAGCGCUGGAAUACCUGCUGCCCAGUGAGUUUGUGCAGACAAUGAAGGUGCUACACAGCAAGGCGCCGCAGAACAGUGUUGAGGAUCUGUUCAGAGUCAUCCGGCAGGAUCUGAAGCGCGAUCCGCGCGAGGUGUUUGACGACUUCGAGGCGGAGCCUCUGGGCACAGCGUCUCUGGCGCAGGUGCACCGUGCCCGGCUGAAGGACAGCGGCAGUGUGGUGGCGGUGAAGGUGCAGCAUCCAUAUGUGCGUGGGAACUCUAUAGUGGAUAUGAAGACAAUGGAGAUGUGCUGUCGCCUGAUGGCGUGGAUCUUUCCGGACUUCAACAUGCAGUGGCUGGUAGAGGAGUCCAAGCGUAAUUUACCAAUUGAGCUGGACUUCCUCAAUGAGGGACGCAACGCUGAACAGAUCGCCAGCAUGUGUCAGUCGUACAAGUGGCUGAAGAUCCCGAAAAUUCACUGGGAAUACUCCACGGAUCGUGUGCUGGUGAUGGAAUACAUUGAGGGUGGCCAGGUGGAUGAUCUGGAGUACAUGCGGCGCCACAAGAUUGAUCCUAUUGAGGUGUCCAAUCAUCUGGGCAGUCUCUAUGCCAACAUGAUCUUCGUGAAUGGCUUCGUGCACAGUGACCCACAUCCGGGUAACAUUCUUGUGGCCAAGACACCGCGCGGAGACACCCAAAUCAUGCUGCUGGAUCACGGGCUGUACUCCACACUCACAGACCAGUUUCGCUACGACUAUUCCCAACUCUGGCUCAGCAUCCUACGCGUGGAUCGACCGGCGAUGCGUGAGUACAGCGCAAAGCUGGGUAUCCGUGGGAAUCUCUAUGGCGUCUUCGCCUGUAUGGUCACCGGACGACCCUGGGAGGCCGUCCUCACGGGUAUCGAUCGCACACGUGCGUCCACCAGCGAGAAGAAGACCAUUCAGAGUGAGACAUCACACGUGUUGCCCCAAAUUGCCGACGUGUUGGAGCACGUGGACAGGCAAAUGUUACUGAUCUUGAAGACAAACGAUCUUAUUCGCAGCAUCGAGACCACGCUGGGCACACAGAACCGCCAGACUGCCUUCUCCGUAAUGUCACGCUGCUGCAUCCAGACGGUUUUCCGCCAACAACAAGCUCAGACGACGUCCGAAUGGACGCGAUUCGCCCUCAAGCUCAGGCAGACCUUUAUGCACCUCAAGAUGUCUCUGUACUACACGUAUCUGUGGAUACUAAACUUCAGAAUCUGGUCAUAA